AUGGAUCAAAUCUUGAUAUUCUCAUUGCUUUCAACUCUUUUUCUCCUCCUUGCGAUCAAGUUAACAAGAUCAAGACACAAAAAUCUCCCACCAUGUCCUUUUGCUCUUCCAGUUCUUGGUCAUCUUCAUCUUCUCAAAGAACCCCUCCAUCGAACAAUCUCCAACCUCUCACAGAAAUAUGGCCCAAUCUUCUCCCUCAGGGUUGGCUCUCGCCUCCUGGUUGUCGUGUCAUCACCCUCAGCCGUCCAAGAAUGUUUCACAAAAAACGACAUCGUCUUAGCGAACCGUCCUCGUUUCGCCAUGGGCAAGUACGUUGGUUACAACUACACCACUCUUGGAUUGGCUCCGUAUGGUGAUCACUGGCGCAACCUUCGUCGCCUAGCCACAAUCGAAAUCUUCUCAUCGAAUCGUUUGAACAUGUCGUUAGACAUUCGAACAGAUGAAGUCAAUCGUUUAUUGCGCAGAUUGUGUCAGGUUUCAGCCAAUGGUUUCGCCAAGGUAGAGCUGAAAUCGAUGUUCUCAGAGCUGACGUUUAAUAUAGUCAUGAGAAUGAUUGCAGGGAAGCAGUAUUUUGGUGAUGAUGUCAGUGGGAACUACGAAGAAGGGAGGCGGUUCCGCGGGAUUAUUAAGGAGCUCUUUGAAUUGGCAGUGUCAUCAUAUCCAGGAGAUUUCCUACCUAUAUUGCAGCUGGUUGAUUACAAUGGAUACAUCAGGAGAAUAACGAGGCUUGGUAAUAAAGCAGAUGAACUAAUGCAAGGCAUGAUCGAAGAGCAUAGAAGAAACAAAGGUGAUUUGAAAAUAAAAAAUACUAUGAUUACCCAUUUGCUCUCUUUGCAAGAAUCACAGCCUGAUUAUUAUACAGAUGAAAUCAUCAAAGGACUCAUACAGGUCAUAUUAAACGCAGGAACUGAUACAACAGCAGUAACAUUGGAAUGGGCAAUGUCUAAUCUGCUAAACUAUCCUCAUGUGUUAGAAAAAGCUAGAGUUGAACUAGCCAAAAAUGUUGGUGAAGACCGACUGGUAGAAGAAGCUGAUCUCUCAAGAUUACCUUACUUACAAAACAUAAUUUCCGAGACUUUUCGGUUAUGCCCAGCAGCUCCACUCCUAGUUCCACAUUCGGCAUCAGCUGAUUGCAGUAUCGGAGGAUACGAAAUACCCAAGGAAGCUAUCUUGAUAGUGAAUGCUUGGACUAUUCAAAGAGACCCUAAAUUAUGGGACGAUCCAACUGCAUUUAAGCCGGAGAGGUUUGAAAGCAAGGAGACAAGUGAUCAGACCUAUAGGCUAAUGCCAUUUGGGUUAGGAAGAAGAGCUUGCCCUGGAAUGGGACUAGCCCAUCAUGUGUUGGGCUUGACAUUGGGGUCAUUGAUUCAAUGUUUUGAAUGGAAAAGGGUGACUGAGAAGAAAAUUGACAUGGCCGAAGGACGAGGGCUCACCAUGCAUAAAGUCGAACCAUUGGAAGCCCUGUGCAAAGCAAGUCGUAUCGCAGAUAAGGUGCUUUCUAUAUUCUAAAGUUGUUUAGAAUUAUUAAUUUUUCUUCUUCUUUUCUUUAAUAGAAUGUUGUUCAUAAUGCAAUACGGCUGGAUUGUAGACUUAUGAAUAGAAAUUAUUGUCAUUAGCCAUAAAAUUUACUUUGUAAUGUGCUUAAGUUUGGGAAAUGACUUAUUUAUAGAACGUGCAUUUGUAACAACAUC